AUGCUUCGCACAUGCCUCUUAUCGAGUAAAUUUGUGAGCUCUCUUAAAACUUCAUUUAGUCGAAACUAUGCUAGUGUCUCUGCCUCACCUGUAGCAGUUACAAAGUCUAAAACUGGAAUUACUGUCGUUUCGGUUGAAGAUAGUGCCCCUGCUUCUUCUGUCUCCCUUGUGGUAAAGGCUGGAUCUCGGGAGGAGGGUGCUGAUAAUGUCGGUGUGGCUCAUUAUUUAAAGAAUUUUGCUUUUAAGAACACGUCAACGCGAACUGCGUUCCGCACCGCGCGUGAAGCCGAAUUGCUCGGUGGCUUUCUAUCUGCAAAUUUGACAAGAGAAAGUUUAAUACUUUCUGCUGAAUUUUUACGCCAAGAUCUAGGUUAUUUUAUGGAAAUCUUAUCCGAUAUUAUUUUCAAGACAAAAUAUGAGCCACAUGAAUUUUCUAACAUUAAGGAGAGUGUCAAUUUUGAAAGAGGUGCUGCUACUGCUAUUCCCGAAGUUAUAGCAUUGAAUACAGCACAUGCUGUGGCCUUCCGUCAUGGCCUUGGCAAUUCUUUAUUUGCUGAUGAUGCGACAAAAAUUUCAAAUAGUUCAGAUGUUAGAGCAUUUGCUAAUAAAGUUUAUACUGCACCAAAUAUCAUGAUUGUGGGUACUUCUGUAAAUCAUGGAGAGUUAUUACAUUUUACAGAUUCACUGUUCCAAAACGUCAGCCACGCUGUUCCAUCUACUCCAAUUACCUCAAAAUACUUUGGUGGCGAAUCUAGAAUUUCUUCACCGGGAGAUAGCCAUUUUGUCCUUGCUUUUCUAGGUGCACCUGCAGGUACUCCCGACUACGCUGCUCUUCAAGUUUUACGUUUUCUUAUUGACGGUGAAAAGUGUUCCAAAUGGGGAGAAGGUGUCAAUGUAUUAGCUCAGAAAGCAAGUAAGCUUGAAAAUACAAAAAUUAGUUCUUUCAAUACUGGGUAUUCGGAUGCUGGUCUCUUUGGUGUACAUAUCUCGGGAAUAGCUACAUCUGUAUAUUCGGCUGCUCGUAUUGCUGUUGAACAAUUGAAACAUGCCUCCAGUAAGAUUUCAAAAGAAGAUUUCGAGCGUGCUUUAGCCAAAGCUCGUUUUAAUACCGCUGCAUCUUAUGAGACACGCGCUUCUAAAACGGAAAUUUUCGGUAACCAGAUUUUGUAUUCUGGAAAAGUCACUACGGUGAAUGAAGCUAUUGCCCAAUAUGAUCGUUUCAAAAUUGAAGACAUUCAAAGCACUGCAGCGAAGGUUCUUAAGAGUAAACCUACCGCAGUUGCACUCGGUGAUGUCAGCACUUUACCGUACUCUGAUGGUCUUUCUCUUUAA